ACCGGAUCUCGCGACGAAAACAACCAGGGCGACGAAGACUCCGACGGAGACGCCGACGAGGACGAAAACCCGCGUAUAAUAUCGGCGGCCGGGCAAAGUAUAUCCGAAUUCGUCGUCGUCUUCGUCGCCAUCGUCGUGAUAACCACCAAGAAACAUGGGUAACACCGAGAGCAAUGUGGCCAGUGGCGUCAAGAAGCAGGUCGACACCUCAUCAUUGCAGAUAUACAACCUGGUCGACCUGAAAGGUUGUGGUCUUCUCGUGGAUUUGAUGAAGAAAGCCGUACAGACAAAAAAUUUUGCCGAGCUGGAUAACGCGAUCAAAACACAAGUGGAACCCAUGCUGUACAACAAGGGUGAAGGCAGAAUGAUACCGAUUGCCAAACUCGUGUUACUGAGAAAUCGCGACCGUUCCCGGGCAAGAUGGCUUCCACCGUUAAAGAACAUGGAAGACGCCAAUGAAUACGAUAUCGAAAAAGACAUUCCCACCAUCGAAGAACUGGAAAAGCUGGGGGAAGUGCAGUACCGGGAGGUGUGCUGGGAUCUGAAGGAAAGGGGCACUGUCGGCGAAACGGCGUUACAUCUAUGUUUGCUGAACGCUACGUCUAUACACGCAGACUUGGCCAAAAGACUGUUGCAUUUCUAUCCAAAGCUCGUAAAUGACAUUUACAUGAUUGACGAGUACUACGGAGAGAGCGUGCUGCACAUGGCUAUUGUCAACGAAGAUCCGGCCAUGGUGAAGGUACUGAUGGACAGCGGGGCAGACCUGAACGAACGGUGUUUCGGGAACUUCAUGAGCACUGAAGAUCAAAAGGCUUCCAGAUCAGAUUCUCUCGACCAUGAAUGGGUGAACCUGUGUCCCGACACCAAUUACGAAGGGUACGUGUAUUGGGGUGAAUAUCCACUGUCAUUUGCAGCAUGUCUCGGCCAGGAGGAGAGCUAUCGUUUGAUGUUGGCAAGAGGAGCCGAUCCAAAUAACCAGGAUACCAACGGCAAUACAGUUCUGCACAUGCUCGUAAUUUACGAAAAAAUCUCGACGUUCGACAUGGCCUACGAAAUCGGGGCGGAGCUCAACAUUAGGAACGUGCAAAAUUUGACACCACUCACGCUGGCCGCGAAACUGGCUCGGAUCCAAAUGUUCUUUCACAUACUCAAAAUCGAACGGGAAAUUUAUUGGCAAAUCGGCAGUAUCACUUGUGCCGCGUACCCCCUGACCCAAAUUGACACCAUCGACAACGACACGGGGCAGAUCAGCAGAAACUCGGCGCUCAACUUGGUCGUGUUUGGCGAAAGUCCAGAACACUUGGAGAUGAUGGACGGUGUGUUGGUGGAUCUGCUAAAUGCUAAAUGGAACGCUUUCGUGAAAUUCCGGUUCUAUAGGCAGUUCAUCUUGUUCGCGUUUUACUUUUCCAUAUCCAUGGUGUGCUUCGUUUUGCGUCCCGGGCCGCCACCCACUGGUCUUAAGCCGCCAUUAAUCAACUACACUUCGACGUCGACCACGGUGGCCACCACGCCGUUUGACUUCAUGGACAACGAGUCGAUGUUGCCCGACAACGUCAUGUACGACGAAAUGAUGAUCGGCGGUGGCGGUCCGACCGAAUUCGAAACGCCGGUGGUAACCACGGAGAUGGCGACGGUCAAUGACAACGCCACAACCAACAACGGUACCGGUAUCAUCCGUACGCCACUGAUCUACGAGGACGGUGCUGGAGGUGGUGGUGGAAGUGGUACCGUAAGCUUGCACGGUAAGAGUUCCGGUUCGGACAGGGGCAAACACAGGAGCACGUGGAAUCCCGCCAACCAUACGUUCAAGACCAACUACACGUACAACUACAACAAAUCGAGAAAAUUUUGGUGGAACAAGAGACAAAAGGUGUGCAGAUUAAUGGCAGUGCAUUCGACUGAUGAUCUAAUCAGAAUGGGGUCGGAAGUGGGAAUGUUUGUGGGAGCCUUCCUCUAUCUACUGGCCGCAGUCAGAGAAGCUGGAUUUUUGGGCUCCCAGAUGUUCAUUGAAAACCUGGCCAUAGCACCGGCAAGAGUGAUGUUUCUGUUCUCGUGCCUGCUCAUGAUGACCAUACCACCACUGAGACUGACGUGCUAUGACAAAGCCGAAGACAUAAUAGCCGUAAUCAUCAUGUUGACCACUUGUCCGUACUUUUUGUUCUUCUGCAGGGGUUUCAAAACCGUCGGACCGUUCGUGGUGAUGAUCUACAGGAUGGUGAUGGGAGACUUGCUGAGAUUCGUUUCCAUUUACAUGGUGUUCGUGAUGGGGUUCUCGCAAGCUUAUUACGUGAUUUUCCUAUCUUACGACAACCCGCUGACACCAGAGGGCAUUGACGAUUCCGUGCUGAACCCGAUGCCCACGCCGACCGAGUCCAUCAUGGCGAUGUUCCUUAUGUCCGUCAACACGUUCACAGAUUACUACACGGCGUUCGACAAGACUAGUCACACGUUGGUCGCAAAGUUUUGCUUUAUAGUUUUCAUGGUGAUCGUGGCCAUAUUGCUGGUGAACAUGUUAAUCGCCAUGAUGGGGAACACUUAUCAAAAGAUCGCCGAGACCAGAAACGAAUGGCAGAGACAAUGGGCUCGGAUCGUACUGGUGGUAGAGAGAGGUGUCAGCCCGUCACAGAGGCUCAAAAAGCUCAUGUACUACUCGCAACCGAUGUCAGAUGGUCGGAGGGCGUUGGUGUUGCGACUCAAUCAGACGGAUGAAGACAAGGAGCAAAUGAAAGAGAUAUUGGAAAUGAAACGCAUUCACAAUCGCUAUGUUGAAAGAAUGCGCGCAAGAGACCUGAGCAGCAAACUAUCGUCUUCGUGCGGAAAAAAUGCAAACAAUGGGACAAUUAAUUUAAAAGCAAAUAAAUAAUAUUUGUAUAAUAAUAAUUUAAGUCAAUAAGAAGUAUGUACAGAAUAAAUAAUUAUAUAUAGAUUUACAUAUAAUUAUAUAUAUAUUAUGUAUAGCUGUAUAAAAUACAUAAAUUAUAUUCAUAAUGUAUAUAUAAUUAAGAUACUUUCAGCAAAGAUGUUUUGUUAGCUAUAAUAA